UUGCAGGAGCCCCUUUUCCCUCAAGCUUGACUAGCUGGGAGGGAAUCUGAAGGAAAAGCUGAAAGAGAAACUUGUAUGCAUCAAAAAGAGUUUCCCAACAUUUUUCUUUCUCCCCCUCCCAGGCAGCAGCAAAAAGACGUCCUUGAUGGCUUUUCUGCCCUCUCCCCUGUGUGGUGAGGAGGAAAGACCAGCCAUGCAGGCAGCCCAGGGCCAGGUGACCUUUGAAGAGGUGGCCGUGUAUUUCUCCAAGGGGGAGUGGAGCCUGCUGAGCCCAGCCCAGAGAGCUCUGUACAAGGAAGUCAUGCUGGAGAAUUUUGGGAAUGUGGCCUCUGUGGGUCCUGUAAUUUGCAUACCUGGCCUUAUAUCCUGGCUGGAGGAAGAGGAACAGCUGUUUGUCCCUGGGUGUGAUGAAGAUGAAGGAUUGACAGGAGGCAUAUGGGAGUCAGCGAAUGAAACAUCUGAGCAUGGAGUGAUGGAAAAUGGAGACACUUAUUCAGAUCUGAAAGAGGGAGAUGAACAUUGGGAUGCACUGAGAACGGAGAUGGGAAAACGCCCUCCUGCAGGAAUGCAUAAUUCUGGUCUUUUACGGGGUGAUGGCUUGCAUGAAGACAGGAGAAAUGAGUGCCCAGCAAGUGGGGGGGAAUUUCCUGAAAAAUCAGAUAUAAAGAAGAAUCAGAAAAUGCAUAAAAGAAAGAAAAUGGACAAAUGGCUGAAGUGCAGAAAAAUAUUUACUCAGAAGGGAAACAUUACUUCCCAUCACAGAGACCACAAAAUGGGAAAACCCUAUAAAUGCCUGGAGUGUGAAAAAAAAUUCAGUCGGAGACAACACCUUACUUGUCAUCAAAGAAUUCACACAGGGGAGAAACCAUAUAAAUGCCAGUCAUGUGGGAAAAGCUUCAGUCACAGUAUUAGCCUUUCUUCCCACAAAAGAAUCCACACAGGGGAGAAACCAUACAAAUGCCUGGAGUGUGGGAAAAGCUUCAGUCACAAUGGAAACCUUACUUCCCACCAACGAAUUCACAUAGGAGAGAAGCCACAUAAAUGCCUGCAGUGCAGUAAAAGCUUUAGUCACAAAGGAAACCUUAUUUCCCAUCAAAGAAUCCACAAAGGGGAAAAACCAUAUAAAUGUCUGGAGUGUGGAAAAAAUUUCAGUGAGAGUAGAAGCCUUACUUGCCAUCAAAGAAUUCACAGGGAGAAGCCAUAUAAAUGCUUAGAGUGUGGAAAAAGCUUCUAUCAGAGGAGACACCUUUCUUCCCAUCAAAAAAUUCACACAGGGGAGAAACCAUAUAAAUGCCUGCAGUGUGGAAAAAGCUUCAAUAACGGUGGGAGCCUUAAUUCUCAUCAAAGAACUCACACAGGGGAGAAACCAUAUAAUUGCCUGGAAUGUGGAAAAAGUUUCAAUCAGAGUGGACAACUUACUUCCCAUCAAAGAAUUCACACAGGGGAAAAACCAUAUAAAUGCCUAGAAUGUGGGAAAAGCUUCCAUGUGAGUGGACACCUCACUUCCCAUCAAAGAAUUCACACGGGGGAGAAACCAUUUAAAUGCCUGGAGUGUGGGAAAAGUUUCAGUCAAAGUGCAAGCCUUUCUUCCCACCAAAGGAUUCACACAGGUAAAAAACCAUAUAAAUGUCUAGAGUGUGGGAAAAACUUCAGACACAGUUCGUGCCUUUCUUCCCACAAAAAGAUUCACACAGGUGAGAAACCAUAUAAAUGCUUGGAAUGUGGGAAAAGCUUCAGACAUACUAUACGCCUUUAUUCCCACCAAAGGAUUCACAGAGGUGAGAAACCAUACAGAUGUCUGGAGUGUGGAAAAAGCUUCGGUAGGAUUGAUACCCUUAAUUCCCACCAAAGAAUUCACACAGGGGAGAAACCGUUUAAAUGUCUGGCAUGUGGGAAAAGCUUCAGUCGGAGUGACAGCUUUAAUUCCCACCAAAGAAUUCACACAGGGGAGAAACCAUUUAAAUGCCUGGAGUGUGGGAAAAGAUUCAGUCGGAGUGACAGCCUUAAUUCCCACCAAAGAAUUCACACUGGGAAGAAACCAUAGAAAUGCUUGAAA